UGAUAAUAAAUACAUAUAUCAAGACUAGGUCUAGGGAUAUAAACCGAGAGAACCGAUAACCGAACCGGAAUCGAAUCCAAAACCAACCGAUGUUCACAAAUAACGGAACAAAAAAAACAAAAUCAAACUGAGAACCGAAUGAAUACGUGAAUAUCUAAAAUAUAGUUUAUAGACCUAAAAUAUUAAUUAUAUUUAACUUUACAAUAUUACUUAUAAACCAAAUUACCUAAAGAAAAUUGAAUUACUCGAUUAUUUUUUAUCUGAAAUAUUUUAAAAUGUUCCAAAUUAACCAAAAUAACCGAAUUGUCUAAAUAAUUUUUAUCCAAAAUAUUUAAAUUUAUUCGAAUAACUUGAUAUUUAAUCCGAAAAACUGGAAAAAAAAAUCAAAAAUGUGAUUUUCCUGAAUUAUCAGAAAACCAGAACCAAAUUGGAACUGGAAUUUUAUCGGACAUUAGUCGUUUCCUAACAUUGUUAUUUGAGCCAAAAACGACUUAACCGAGUCAAACCAGAAUUGGACUGAAAAUUGAAAGCUUAUGCCUAACUGAGACCAUCAAAAUCCAACAAUAAUAUGAAAUAUUGGUUUCAGUCUCGUUCAGAAAUAGCAUCUCAUCCUAUAGGCCAAAUUGUUUUCUGUUUGCAGUUGCAUAUUACCCGCCUUAUUUUUUAAGUCGGGAUUAGUUUUCCAUUUCACUAUAAAAAAAAUUGCUAAAAACAGAAUUCUUCAACAACAAAUAAACGAAAUUCGCUUUGAACUUUGAUUAUUGUUUCGUAGGUUUCGUUUUUUCAAAUAUAAAUCUUCUCUUCAUCAUUCUUAUAAUCCUCAUUCCAAACCUAAUCAAUAAUCAAAGAUGAAGCAAUUCUCGAGACUUCUCUUCAUUUCCGUUCUCUAUUUAUCAUCUGUCAAUGCUGAUUCCAGCCUUAUUACCAGUCUCUGCAAACACUGUGACGAUCCAAAACUCUGUCUCUCGAGCAUAUAUGCCCGUCCCGAGUCAGGGGAGUUUGCAGCCACCACCAACCAGAUCGAGAUCAUAGCUAUCUCUGCCGCCUCAGCUAAUGCCUCCUCCACUUCCGCCUAUAUUAAGGAAAUGCUUAGCCGAGAGGAUCUGGAGCCGGCUACGGAGGCCACAUUCGAGGACUGCCAGAAGAAUUACCAAGAUGCCGUGGAGCAGCUCGACGACUCGAUAUCCGCCAUGCUUACUGAUGCACACGCCGACGUCGAUGUCUGGCUGAACGCUGCAAUCAGCGCCAUCAAAUCUUGUAGCAAUGAGUUGGAGUCAGGCGCCGGAAAUGAUGCAGAGCUUUCUCAGAGAAACCUAGUUUUUCUUAAACUGUGCAAAAAUGCUUUGGUGAUUAACAAAAUGUUAACAUGAGAUUAACUCCCAACAUUUGAAUGUUACCGUACAAUAUUUUGUUGUUUGUUUGAUUUUUUGUCAACUUUUUCUUGUAUUGAUUUAUAUGUAUCAUUGCAUUGCAUUAAAUAAAAACAUCAAAAAGAGUUUCUUUUUCAUAGUUUCAUGAUCAAAUACAAUGUCAAUUUUCAACAAUGAAAUGCAUUUUUUUGACAAAAGAAUGUACAUGUUACAAUAUUGAGAUCCAGCCCAGAUGAAUACUGUCCACUGGGCCCAAACUGUGACACAUAUAAAUAGGUUCAUAAUGUUGGUUUAUACGGUUAUCAAAGUAAAACCAAACUUACUAUUCUUGACUUAAUCUAUACGGUUUCAGUUUGGAUUGUAUAUAACCAGGUCGAUCUUAUGUAUUCAUAAGAACAUAUAUUCAGUUUCAGUCCAUUUAUUUGGUUUGAUUAAGAUGAAACUGAAUCAAUCAAGUUUAUUUAGAAGAUAAUUCCCUAUCUUCAAUAUAAAAGAAAAUGAUCACAGACAAUAUGAUUAGGCGAUGUAGAAAAAUGUGUAAAAGCAAAACAAUGGUGGGUAGUUGAGAUCCAGUAACAAAUGAAACCAAUGGUGGAGAUCUACUCGACCCAUCAUGCAAUUUUUCUAGUCAAAUUGUUCUCCAAACUCCAACUCCACGUUAACCUCUACCAUAUUCAUAAUGUAACGAAUGUAGUUAAGUAUUUUGAUUUAUCUAUAUCAACUCAAUAUUUCUCUCUUUUAUAAAAAAAGGUAAACUAGAAUAACCGAGUGACAAGCUUGGAGAUAUAAUAAUUAAGACUCAUGAUUAAAAUCUGAUAUUUUUCAGAAAUGUACGAUCACGAUCAAUUUUGACAUGAUUUUUAGAGGUUGCUUGUAAGAUAGGGUUGUUGAAUAGAUUCUAGAUUCAAUGUCCCAGAAAAUGACAAAACACAGAUACCUUUCUUCUCCACUUGGACCAAUAAUAUAUAGCAACUUGUUCUAAGCUUUAAUUACUUAUUUUUCCAAAUAUUUUGUUUCUUUGCUAUUCAUCACUCAAAAGGUAAUUCACAUUGUUAUACGUUUAUUAAAUACCAUAUGGGUAUUAAGAAAUAAGCUUCAAAUUUAAAGGUUACAAUAUAUACAUAUAUGUGAAGUAAUUCAAACAAUAUGCACAU